ACCAAUGACGGAUAUGGACACAUCAACAUUGAUGACAUGCUUCUUGAAUGAAAAUUAUAUUGUUGAUAUAAAAGAUUAUAAAGCUCUACUAUAGACGCUGAUAAAGGGUUUGGCGCAUAUACUAUAUAUAGAAAAAAUAGUUCUAUAAAAAAAUUGCACCAAUGAAUCCUUUGGUAACACAUCUUUAUGCUUGAAUCCCAAGAUAAUGGCCAGAAUUCUACAAAACAGAUAGAACCCAGCAUGACAGCUUCUACCUGUUGGACGACAUUUUCACAGCUACGUCUUUAUGCAGUUUUGUUUGUAAUCACUACAUUUGUAAAUAAGUAUGUGCUUUCCAUCUUAGAAUUCAAAUAUCCAACUAUCUUCCAAGGAUGGCAAACAUUAGUAGGUUUUUUGGUAAUGAAGAUGUUAGUAGCAACACGCUAUCUGAAACCGAUGCAGCUCACCGAUAGCGAUAAAAGAAGUGACCUAAUAAGAUGGAUACCUUCAAUGGUUUUCUUUGUGAUCUCUAUAUACUCAGGAUCAAAAGGUUUGGCAGAGUUGUCUAUACCAGUGUUUUUAGCCAUACAGAAUAUUACGGUGGUGUUUGAUUAUUUAUCUCAAAUGAUCAUUUAUAGAAAGCUUACAAGUGCAAUAAAUUACCUUAUGUGUAUGGUGAUAGCUAUCUCAUCUUUAGGAAUAGUGUUAACAGAUCCACAGUUUCACCAUGGUGGAUAUUUCUGGAUCUGUGUUCAUAUUCUAUCUACAGGUUUAUUGAUGUUAUAUACAAAUAUGACAAAGGGAAGAUUGAAGAUAAGUGCUGUGGAGAAACUUUAUUGUAAUUACAUAUACAGCAUAGUUAUAUUGACUCCAUCAAGUUAUUUAUUAGGGGAUGCAUUAGAAGCUGUGAAGUAUCCAUACCUGUAUUUUUCUAAGUUCUAUGUUGGAUGUUGUGUAAGUGGAGUGUUUGGAGUACUAUUGAAUCUCUAUACAAUACGUCUACAAGAAAAAGCUUCAGAUGGAGUGAUGGAAUUCUCCAGAAUUCAUGGCCUAGUUAAGAUAAUAACCAGUGUGAUAUCCCUGUCUCUAUUUAAUGACAUCCUAACAGCAGAACAUGCGGCAUGUUUAAUGAUCAAUCAUCUGGCAGCACUGGCGUGUGAGGAUACAUCUUAUGACCAACCAAUCAACAAAUCAUCCACAAAAUCAGAAGAACCAAAACAAAUCUUGUCAAAGCAUAAUGUUUUAUAUAAUGACUAUUUAAAAGAAAAUGAUAAUAAAGAUUAUAUUAUUUAACUAAUUAUUUAAUAAAGAAUUAUUAAAGUCAAGAAAAAUA